AUGACAAGAUCCAGGUCAUCAUUUAAAACCGAAGAUCAACCUGUCAGGCCUAUUCCCAAAUCGCUUUAUUCGAUAUUAUCGAUUGAAAAAGACGCCUCUUUUAGUGAGAUAAAAAAAGCUUACUAUAAGCAGGCGCUUUUAUUUCAUCCCGACAAGAUCGCCUCUGCUAAUCCAUCAAUUGGUUCUCAAGAGGCAACGAAAAAAUUCCAAGAACUGGGUGUGGCAUAUCAAGUUUUAUCUUGCGAAUCUAGUAGACGCGCCUAUGACCUUACUGGGGAAUACUCUGGUGAGCCAUCCAUAUCUCCUUGUGACGAUUUCAAUUGGAGGGAAUAUUUCAACUCAAUUUUCACUUCAGUAACGAUUGAUGCCAUUGAAAAGGUAAGGCUAGAAUACCAAGAGGAGAAAAAAGAUCUUCUCCAUUUCUACAAACACCACAAGGGGAAUAUGGAUAAAGUUUUGGAUGAAAUACUGUUUAGCGACUCCAAUUUCACGGAAACACAGCAACGGUUGAUUAAGAUUUUACGCGAAGCAAUCGAAUCAAACGAGGUCAAGGGUUAUCCCCAGUUUUCUGAAAGCACAACCGAAAAGGCAUGCAAUUCAAGAAUUCGGAAACACGAGAAAACGGACAAAAAGUUCAAAAGGGCUGUUCACAAGGAAAAUGCUGGAGACCAUAACCUGAUGCCGGUCAAAAAGAGACAAGCCCCUUCUAAAAGUGAAUUGGUUUUGCCAAACAGGAAAAGACAGGCAGAUUAUUUUCUUAAUGACCUGGCCAGAAAAUAUUCAAAGAAUGGCCCAAUUGAUUUGAAUCAGGAUCCUCUUUCUGAUGAGCAAUUUGAGAGCAUUCAAAAAAAAUUUCACCCCUCAAAUAAAAGGCCAAAAAAGUAA